AUGGCAAAGCGCAGUGCAUCUGCCGAAACACUGCCACCACUGAAUCUCGACCCAGUCUCCGAAUGGCGCGCCUGGCAAGCCCUCUCAGUCUACUUCACGGUGCUGCUAAACCGCCAAAUCCGCCGCCGCUGGCUCCUCGAACACAAAUGCAUGGAAAACGUUCCCAUCGCCAAACACUUCCGCCCCUUCAUCUUCCUCGAGCCAGUCCCAACCCUCCACAAACCACGCAUCCCAAAUCCAAACCAACCGAACAUCAAAAACGACGACAAAUACAACUCCUAUAACACCGCUGCCCUCGAGACACUCAAGACAAAAGUGCACCUCCUCCGCGCACGCGUGGAAAAGGGCAAAGAACUCGCCUCGGAAAUCGAACGCCGCAUGCAAGACCCGACUGUCCAAUUCCCAACGCACUUUUGCCACACCUGCGUGAUGGGCGGCGACCAGGCCGAUGUCCUCCUCACCAAGUGCGGGCAUCGCGUAUGCAAGACUUGCCUUUCAUUUGGGGCUGAUGCGAAUGGCGUGUAUGAAUGCAGUAUCUGUUUUGCGCCGACUUCGUUCGUGGCGAGGUCGCCGCUCGGUCCGCAGCGGUCUUGUUCGGAGCAGAUCUCGAGUGUGUCGGAGAGGUUUGUGUCCAGGGGUAAGUCGCGCUUGUGGUCGCCUCUUGCGUUUCGGGGGUAG